CGGUAACAAAAAAAACAAAGCAACAAACAGAAAAACUGAAAACUCAAAAACAAAACUCAUUCCAUUAGAUCCGAAACACUGAAAAAAUGAGAUGAAAAUGGAGGAAAAAGGUAGCAGCUUGAGCAAGAACGAUGAAGUCAACUUCCAAAUUUCGGAGAAAUUGAUGUUGGGUGGGACCCAUACACAUUAUUGGUGGGCCAUAGCAAGCGCCGCCCAAUUAGGGUGGGGUAUCAGAGCUUGCAAGAAAGGUUAUGUCGGAAAUGGCAGUUUGAUGCCUCUCAAAGCUUUCUCCGUCGCAUCUCUCUUUGUCGGCGCCGCCGCCACCGCCGCCUUUGGCGCACUUAGAGCUUCCGGCAUCCAUACGGUGGAAGAUUUGAAAGAAGCUGGUGCUAACAUCCGGACUGGACUGGGAAUGCCUCCACAAAACAAGGUUGAAUAACAAUUUAUCUCUGGCGAUUCAUACUAAGAUUUUACUUCUAAUAAACAAGCACGCAGUUGGGAUGAACCGCAAGACUUCCUCACCAGGUCUUGUUCAACUUAAGGACAUGAAUUAAAGAGACGUUGAUCUUUCUCGUUGAGCCUCAUUGACAGGAUCCUUGCGUUUGCCUGUGCUUUGCCGUUUUUUGCCUUUUGCUUCAGCUUCCCCUGUUCACUGCUUGGUUGUGGAGAUGUCACUUUUCUUAGGCUUAACUUGCAGUUGUGCAUAGUAUUUGGAUCCUGCGCCUACAAUUGAUUGGCGUUGGUGAUUAAACAAUCAAACAUUAUGAUAAGAUCAAAAUUUUAGAAUUCAGAGAUUUAUUAGUAAA